CAUCCGCCUCUGGACCCGACGCGGCGGCGGCGAGCGGCCAGCUCGUGGCGGUCGAGGACGUGGAUCUCGGCUUUUGCUACCUGUGCUGUGACACCAUCACGGACGAGGCCGAGAAGCUGGUGGUGCAGGAGGGCUCGGACACCCGCAGGAAGAUCGCGUGCCACAAGAAGUGCAACAGCCUCAAGAAGCGCGUUCAGACCGUCCGCAACAACGUGUCGGGCUUCGAAUGCUUCUGCGAGGUUGAAGGCGACCAGCGGGCCGAAUUCUACAAGACGGCCGUCGGGCUGUACGGGCCCGACUUGCAGAAGGUGAUGACGGAGACGUUGGAGACCAAGCGCGUGGAUUCGAACGUGGCCGACUUCAUCGAGGAGGGCGACUUCAUGGAGGUCAAUGAGGCCCGCGAGUUACCGCGCUUCAAGCGCGACCCUGCCGCCUUCCAGAACCUGCUGGAGCGGGCGCCCAGGAAGACGUGCGCUAUGACGGAUAUCGAGUACGUGUACGUGCCGAACUACAAGUUCUCGAACCACAGGAAAGUGACGGAUGAGAGCACCAGGGCGAGGCGCAUCUCAGGGGCGAAGACCAUGAAGAAGCCGAAGGCGCUGGCAGCGCCGAAGGGGCCGAAGGAGCCAGCCGCGCCCAAAGGCUCGAAUAUCCCGAAGGGCAUCCUGAACAGGAGCGACAAGCUGGAGGAGCGCAUGGGCCAGUGCAUCCUCGACACGGCCGAGUCCAUCAUGGUUGCGAAGAGCCCCGAGGCCGACGGCCACGUGUCCGCGCGCGCCCUGGAGCAAGCUGUAGCCUCGCACUCCAAGCUCGAGCAGGCCCUCCAAGAGUUCAAGGAGGUUCGCACCACCGAGGGGCUCACGAAGGAGACGCUCGUGCUGAAGAUCGAGCACACCGAGGCCCUGAUGAACUCGCACAUUGACAUCCAGUCCAAGCUCGACGGCAUGCUCGAGGACGUGGCGGAGCCCAUCUUGGCCGCGCAGGCGGAGAAGGAUGCGGCGGCGACGUUGGGGGAGUCUUCGGAGGAGGGAGCUGCGGGGGCCGCAGCGGCGGCGGAGGAGGCAGGGGCCUCGGGGCCCAGUGGAUCGGCGGCGGGCGAUUCGGCCGCCCUUGACCGCGGCGGCUCGGGCAUGGCUUCCAGCGGCCUCGAGUCGCCCCAGGCCUUUGUAUCCAGGGAGUCGGCGGCGUCGGCUGGAGUCGCACCGUUCGCUGGUUCCGAGAGUCUUCAGGAAAUCUUCGAUGCCGAGAAUUUCGUUGGCGAACCCGAGAGCGAUGCCCACGAUUCCGAGGGCGAUGCUCUCUCGGCCGACACACUCCGACUCGGGUCGGCCCAGGUGCCCGCGGCCGCUGGUGCUGCGGAUGGCGCCGAUGGCAAGGCCGCGGGGCGUGGCAAGCGCAAGGCCGUAGGGGCUGCCACGACCGCCAGGCCCAAGGCCUCGGGCAAGCAGAAGGGGAAGGGGCGUGGCAAGGGCAAGGCCAAGGCGAAGGCGAAGGGCAUCAAGGCUAAGGCUUAG